UCCGUUGUCUAUGAUAUCGGAGUGAAGUUCUGUCAGCUGAGUCUCAAAUCAGUUUCCAGUCACUUCCAGAAUCCAACUUUUUUUUUUCUGGGUGGUCUCGGAACCGGGCGUGUCUGCUAACAUCCCGGUGUGGUGCUGCCGAUCCGCCCGCAGCUCGAACAGACGACAGCAGCUGAUUAUGGUUUAGCACGAAGCGCUAGCUGCUCGGGUUCAGAAAGACGUUUAAGCGGCAGACGGCACGGCGCAGUGCAGACAGAGGCGUGUAACAGCAGCGCAGUCAUGCUCACACUGGCCAGCAAGUUGAAGAAGGACGACGGAGGGAAGACGGGCCGUGCCUCUGGAGCCUCAGACUCCGCCCACAGGGUCUCYAUCAGGGACCGCCUCCUGACCAAAGAAGUAGCAGAACUUGAAGCCAAUCUUCCUAGUACUUGCAAAGCCUGUUUUCCAGAUGAGAAUAAGCUGCACCAUUUUCAGCUGGCGGUGUCUCCUGAUGAGGGUUACUACCAAAGUGGAAAGUUUCAGUUUGAAAUAGUUGUCCCUGAAGCCUAUAACAUGGUGCCUCCUAAAGUCAGAUGUCUGACCAGAAUAUGGCAUCCAAAUAUCACAGAAAAUGGAGAGAUCUGUUUAAGCUUGUUGCGAGAGCAUUCUAUUGACGGCACAGGCUGGGCACCGACCAGAACGUUAAAGGAUGUGGUCUGGGGAUUGAACUCUUUGUUUACCGACCUGUUGAACUUUGAUGAUCCACUGAACAUUGAUGCAGCAGAGCACCAUCUGAGAGACAAGGAGGAUUUUCGAAAUAAAGUUCAAGAUUACAUCAAGCACUAYGCCAGAUGAUAGACGACAUCAGCCCGCACCUACCAACCAAACUGCUCCACCUUUGCCUCUGCUUCUCUGGCCGACUCCUCCACGUGUGAAUCAGCAGCAGACUCUCUGACUUUUACGCCACCCCCCUCCCCCCCUUUAUGUUCACAAAGCUGCAAUUAACUUCACUUUGCAAGAAUGAAAUAUAGAAAGUGAAUUUAAAAAAAACAAAGUCGAUGAAUGGAACUUGCAAAAUAAAAUAUGCUUUAGUUUUACGAAUCAGUUGAGUGUCACAGCAGCUGCAACAAACAAACAUGACCAUCGGAAACGAGCCGCAGCAGUAAAAAAAAAAAAAAAAUGACGCAGUUGUGAUGUUUCGCCGAUGAAGACCAGAGGUGACACUUGGCUGUGCUUUUCAAAUAUAGAGAUUUAAAAGAAAGAAUAUGUUACUAAUUCUCUGUUUUAGUGCCUGCAUUGUUUGUGUCGCUUAAGAGGAAGUGCAUGAGGGUUCACGAAUUCACACAGGAGCAGAAACAUGUCACAUUUUGUUGUAAAGGAUGAGCACAUCCAUACACAGGUUUCUGAUUCAGCAACACUCAAGGUAAAGAGCCGGCAGCCCCGUUGGACAGCAUUAGAAUGACCACAUUGUCGCAUUUUGUUUCCAUCUUCCUCACGUAUUUACACACACAAACAGGGAAAACACAUAUUUUGUGUUUUCAGCUUCAGUGACACAAACUGCCAUGAAAAAUCGAGCYAAAUCUAUUCGGAGUUUCACCAAUUUUUCCCUCACAACUACACUCUGCUCACUGAUUUUACUUUUCUCUCUCUCACACACACACCUACACACACACACCAGGGUCAUGUUUAGUUUGAAGAGUUUCUUUCAAACUAACUGCAAUCCAAAAGUGCUUUGAUACCUUAUUGGCAAGUUGGUUCUGUACAAUGAGUAAAAAAAAAAUGAAUCGAUUACUUUAAAAGACUGAUUUAGAUUUAAUUUUGCAUCCAUAAAAAAAUAAAUGGUGAUGGAAUUUUA